GCACAUUUUAGUUAAAAACUUUGCAGUCAUUUUGCCAGGUUCUUAUUUUAAUUUUCUUUGCACUUGAGAAAAGUUUGCUUUAAAGUUGAUAUUUGGCAGUUUUUGAGGAGUUUUUUGAGUCAAAUGGCCUUAUCCAGUCUACAUCUCUUUAUCUUUGCCACUUUUGGUGUGCAGUCUUUUAGCUGCUUUGAGAAGCUGGUUGGUUUUCUUUGUUCAAAUUGUUAACAAUUAGUUUAAUAGUGCAGUAUCUGUUUCAAAUGCUUGCACAGUAAAUAUUUGCACAUACAAAUAGAGUAGGUAUGAGUGUUUGGGGGUUUGGCACUGUAGAUAUGUAGAAUCACAGAAACUUCAAUGCUUCCUUUAGAAGGAUAAAAAUAGAGGAUCUAAAAUCAGACUCAGUAUUGCAGCCAGUGUUCACACAUUGUGUCAGUAGCCUGUGAGUUUUGGCUUGCUCAAUAUAAUGUUAAAAUAAUUUCUUGACGAAGAAACUUUUUACUACUUUCAUUAUCAUUUGACAUAGACAAUGUCUGUGUUUUUCUAUUAAAAAAAGUCUUCAUCUUUCAAGUGUGAAUGUUUGAAACUUGAACAUAACAUUAAAGAUAAAAAUGUAAGAUGCUUUUGCAUUAAUUCCUGAGGAUUAUAAAUGUACAGUCUGCUUCAUUCUGACAAAAUAUCAAUUAUAAAUCAAGUCUAUCAGUCUUUAUACCUCCCUGUACCCCACAGUACCCACCUGUAGCAGCUGUGGGCAGCUGCUGACUCUGGUGGUGUGCAGGGCUUGGCUGUGUCACCCUUACAGCUGUGAGCAGCUCUAAAAGGGACCCCUGUGGCACAACACUUAAUAUUAAAUAUCAAACUCUAAUUAGCUAUUCAUACAGAAACUGCUCAUCUGCAUAUAAACAGGGACAACGAAAGUAACUCAGGGUAGAUGCUGGGUUUGGCUUAAACAAAUUAAAUGAUUUCUUAUUAUGUUUAGAAUAUAUUAAAAAUAACCAUGGACCUCCACUUGACCUACCCGAACAAAAGAAAUAUUUUUGGGUAAUGUUUACUAUCAAGGUAAAAAUGAGGUGAAUGAAUGUCAGUCAGCAGACUUGCAGCAUGUUCAGUGUUACAUGUGCGAGGUGUUAUCAGUGCCCACCAUGUGUCACGCUAUCAGUCCCGGCCAUCCUUUGUGCGUGUCCCUGAAGGUGCCAGGGCAGAGCAGCAGCGCCAUUUCCCCGAGGAGCUGCUCCUUUAACAGCUCUGUCUCUCACCUGAGGCCGAGCGGGCACGGGGCUGGACCGGGAUUAUGAUCAUAAUCCAUCUACCGCCGGGGAGCCCGAAGAUGGAGGAAGCUGUACCGAGUGAAUGGGCAUUUGUUUCAAGCCAAACGUUUUAACAGAAGAGCAUACUGUGGCCAGUGCAGUGAAAGGAUAUGGGGGCUCUCAAAGCAAGGCUACAAGUGUAUCAACUGCAAGCUGUUGGUCCAUAAACGUUGUCACAUCCUUGUCCCACUGACCUGCAAAAGGCAUAUGGAUUCGGUCAUGCCUUCCCAGGAACCUCGCUUAGAUGAUAAAAACGAUGAGGCUGAUCUCCCUUCAGAGGACACUGAUGGAAUUCCCUACAUUCCUUCCAACCGGAAACAUGACACCAUUAAAGAUGACUCUGAGGAUCUCAAACCAGUCAUUGAUGGAAUGGAUGGAAUUAAGAUUUCUCAGGGGCUUGGACUCCAGGACUUUGAUUUAAUCCGAGUUAUCGGCCGUGGAAGUUAUGCCAAAGUUCUUCUAGUUCGGUUAAAAAAGAAUGAUCAGAUUUAUGCUAUGAAAGUGGUGAAAAAAGAGCUGGUCCAUGAUGAUGAGGAUAUUGAUUGGGUACAGACAGAGAAACAUGUGUUUGAACAGGCAUCCAGUAACCCAUUCCUAGUUGGUUUACAUUCAUGCUUUCAAACAACAAGUCGAUUGUUCCUUGUCAUAGAGUAUGUCAAUGGGGGAGACCUCAUGUUCCACAUGCAACGGCAGAGGAAACUUCCUGAGGAACAUGCCAGGUUUUAUGCUGCUGAAAUUUGUAUUGCUCUAAACUUCCUACAUGAAAGAGGCAUCAUCUACAGAGAUUUAAAACUGGACAAUGUUCUCUUAGAUGCAGAGGGUCAUAUCAAAUUAACAGAUUAUGGCAUGUGCAAGGAAGGUUUGGGCCCAGGUGACACUACAAGCACUUUCUGUGGGACACCAAAUUACAUUGCACCAGAGAUCCUCAGAGGAGAAGAAUAUGGGUUCAGUGUGGACUGGUGGGCACUGGGGGUGCUGAUGUUCGAGAUGAUGGCGGGGAGGUCCCCGUUCGACAUCAUCACUGACAAUCCCGACAUGAACACUGAAGAUUACCUCUUCCAAGUUAUUCUGGAGAAGCCAAUCCGGAUUCCAAGGUUUCUUUCUGUCAAGGCUUCCCAUGUGUUAAAAGGAUUUUUAAACAAGGAUCCCAAAGAAAGGCUUGGCUGUCAGCCCCAGACAGGAUUUGCUGAUAUCAAGUCUCACACGUUUUUCCGCAGCAUAGACUGGGAUCUGCUGGAGAAGAAGCAGACGACGCCCCCGUUCCAGCCGCAGAUCACGGAUGAUUACGGGCUGGAUAACUUCGACACGCAGUUCACCAGCGAGCCCGUGCAGCUCACCCCAGAUGAUGAAGAUAUAAUAAAGCGAAUAGAUCAGUCAGAAUUUGAAGGAUUUGAAUAUAUUAAUCCAUUGUUGCUGUCAACAGAAGAAACAGUAUGAAGGAAUGACCUCGUUGGGGACAGUGUGAAUGACAUUAAUUUAUCCUUAACUACAGUAUAUGCAUGCGAGGCUGGGGACUGGUCACUGGAUGGAGACCAAUGAUCUAAAAACAAAUUUGCUGCUGAAAAUCAAAGAAGAGAAUAAUGAUUUUGGUGGGUGUCCUCUGCCACUUAGUGAUUCUUAAGUUCUGGGCACUGACACAACUGGCUUCAUUAAUGAAGGAAUUUGCAUUUUGUGCCUGUAUCAUGAAGGAUUGAAACGUUCAUUGCAUCCCUGCAAAAGGAGAUCAUGAGAAACUUUGAGAUCCACACUCUUUCUACAAACAUUUGAUGCAAUGAGCUCCCAGUUGAAGAGUAUUACAGUGUAACAUCCUGAAGAAUAAAAUAUAUUACGGUGGUGUUGAAGCUUA